AUGCUGGCAGGUCCCGGACGUAGCUCUGUGCACACACGAGAGGUCCAGCUUAACGGGCUAUACUAUCAAUCAUUGCCGGGGAUCAUUCGGGCAGUCAUCGAUCAGGGACAGACGGCCGGACGGCAUUAUUGGAUGAUCAGUCAAUUCCGGAUGGACUGCAUUAACGGCCCGGAUCCCGAUAAAGCGGUUGGGACAAAGUUGGAGGAAAUGUUACGCCAUGCGUGCAGCGAUAUCGAAUCGAUACCCGAUACCUCCCCAGAUGCGAAGAAGACGAAGCUAUUCUUUCGGAAGCGCUGGCCGGGUCGCCCAGUGACUGGAAAGAUCUACCGCUGCAAGACGGCCAGCAAAACCAUGCUGCUGAUGAACCAUUUCCUGAUCCGGACGUCAUUCGGACCUCAUUUGAAUUCAUUUGAACCUUACGUGGAGCACAACUUCCUCAUGUACAAUGCG